UGUUCAAUUUCCACGCUGGCAUCAACUCCUUAAAUUUCCGGAAAUAUUUUUCAUUUGAUUCGGAACUUGAGUUUUGCUCGCUCUAUCUAUUGUUUUAUUUCAUUGGAGCACCGAACUUAGAUUAUGGAUGUGAAGGGUAAGAUGAGCAAGAACUCAUGGAAAUUGAUUUCGUAACAAAAAGUUGGAUUUUUUACGUUGAAAACUCAUGUCAACUUAUGAAAAAAUAUCUGUCACCGCCAUAUGAAGAUGAAGAAUGCUGGGCUUUAUUUAAUAGUAUUGUGAAAUCUGAAUUACCAGCUUCAGAGGAUUGGCCGAUCUAUCCUGUAAUUUUAAAAGGACACGCUGCAGCUCAUCAGCAAGCUGUCAAAAGGCUUAAAUUGUUAGAGAAAGAACACUAUGCGUAUAUUGAUAAUGGCGGGGAAGUCAAAUCUAAAGAAAUUACGCGAGUAAUUCAUUCAAAACAGUACGCCGUUUCUGAAGCAACAACAUCUAAUUUAAAAGUUCCCAGUUUGGAUGAACCGAUCCCAAUAAAACAAUCUGCGUUCAACGAAAACCGGAGCGAUGUCGAUAACAACGACUCCGAAAACUCUUUCGAAGACAUCCUAAACUAUAAUGCGUUAAAGUAUCGCAAAUUUCUUGAUACUAAUGGCAAAUUUAAUGGAAAAGCGAUAUUUGACACCAAAGAAUUAAAAAAACAGUCAUUUUCUGAAAAUUCAGCAAAACCUGAAGAAUUUGGGAUGAAAAAACAAUUUGCGUUCAACGAAGACAGGAACAAUGCCGUUAAUAAUGAAUGGAAAGACUCCUUCGAGGACAUCCUCAUAGACAAUGCAUCGAAGUAUCGCAAAUUUAUGGAUACUAAUGGCAAAUUUAAUCGAAAUCCGAUACCUGACACCAAACAAGUGAAAAAACAGACAUCUGCCGGAAAUUCAGCAAAAGCUGGCAUCAUCACUUCCACUGUAUUACUAUCCAACAUGAAAUGCACGAAAGAGAAUGACAAAUUAUUAAAAAGAUUUUAAAAAAAGGCGUUGCUCUUCAGUUCGUUGCCAUGAAAGCCAGCGAGGACAAAAGGGGUUUUAAAGACACAAAGAUGUACGCAUGCAUGCUUGCUGCUAUUACGAAUACACAUAAAGAUUCGACGGGUCUAAACGUCAAUGAGAAAGUCUUUCUCGCAGAAUUAAAAAAUAUUUUUCCCAACGCCAAGGACUGGGAAAGAGGGUGGAAGAUACGAGCCUCGGUGGCUCAGUUUGUUACACACUCGGACUUCACCUCAGAGGUCUGGGGUUCAAUCCCUGAGCCGGUACAUCUGGAAAUUUUUCAAUGUACCUUUACC